CGGCGGCGGCGGCGGGGCGCUGGGGUGGAGCCGCGCGGACGGACGGAGCCCGGGGCGCGGGGCAGGCAGCCGCAGGCGACCUCGAGCCCAGCCGCCGAGCAUGGCCCUGAGCGCGCCGGCGCUGCUCCGCUGGCUGCUGGAGAGCCGCCACUCCAGGAAGCUCAUCCUGUUCAUCGUGUUCCUGGCGCUGCUGCUGGACAACAUGCUGCUCACCGUCGUGGUCCCUAUCAUCCCAAGCUACUUGUACAGCAUUAAUCAUGAGAAGAAUGCCACGGAAAUCCAGACUCCCAAGCCAGUGCUCACCACCUCUACCUCAGACAGCUUCCAGAGCAUCUUCUCUUAUUAUGACAACUCCACCAUUGUCACGGGGACUGGCAGUCCCAAAGGACCCCCUGAGGGGCGGCUGCAGCCGGCCACCACGCAGCACCCGGCCACCACGCAGCACCCGGUGACUAACACAUCCGCUGCGCCUCCUGACUGUCCCAGAGAAGACAAAGCUCUCCUGAAUGAAAAUGUGCAAGUUGGCCUGCUUUUUGCCUCUAAAGCCACCAUCCAGCUCCUGACCAACCCCUUCAUAGGGUUGUUGACCAACAGAAUUGGCUACCCAAUUCCAAUGUUCGCGGGAUUCUGCAUCAUGUUUGUGUCCACGAUCAUGUUCGCCUUCUCCAGCAGCUACGCCUUCCUGCUCAUCGCCAGGUCGCUGCAGGGCAUCGGCUCCUCCUGCUCGUCUGUGGCUGGGAUGGGCAUGCUGGCCAGCGUGUACACGGAUGACGAAGAGAGAGGCAACGCCAUGGGCAUCGCCCUGGGAGGCCUGGCCAUGGGGGUGCUAGUGGGCCCCCCCUUUGGGAGCGUGCUCUAUGAGUUUGUGGGGAAGACAGCUCCGUUCCUGGUGCUGGCUGCCCUGGUGCUCUUGGAUGGAGCUAUUCAGCUCUGUGUGCUCCAGCCGUCCCGGGUCCAGCCAGAGAGCCAGAAGGGGACACCGCUAACCACGCUGCUGAAGGACCCGUACAUCCUCAUCGCUGCAGGGUCCAUCUGCUUUGCAAACAUGGGGAUUGCCAUGCUGGAGCCAGCCCUGCCCAUCUGGAUGAUGGAGACCAUGUGUUCCCGAAAGUGGCAGCUGGGCAUUGCUUUCUUGCCAGCUAGUAUCUCUUAUCUCAUUGGAACCAAUAUUUUUGGGAUGCUCGCACACAAAAUGGGGAGGUGGCUUUGUGCUCUUCUAGGAAUGAUAAUUGUUGGAAUCAGCAUUUUAUGUAUUCCUUUUGCCAAAAACAUCUAUGGACUCAUAGCUCCCAACUUUGGAGUUGGUUUUGCAAUUGGAAUGGUGGAUUCGUCAAUGAUGCCCAUCAUGGGCUACCUGGUCGACCUGCGGCAUGUGUCUGUCUACGGCAGUGUGUAUGCCAUUGCAGAUGUGGCGUUCUGUAUGGGAUAUGCCAUAGGUCCUUCUGCUGGUGGGGCUAUCGCAAAGGCAAUUGGAUUUCCAUGGCUCAUGACCAUUAUUGGAAUAAUUGAUAUUCUUUUUGCUCCUCUCUGCUUUUUUCUUCGAAGUCCACCUGCCAAGGAAGAAAAGAUGGCUAUUCUCAUGGAUCACAACUGCCCCAUUAAGACCAAAAUGUACACCCAGAAUAAUAUCCAGUCAUAUCCAAUCGGUGAUGAUGAAGAAUCUGAAAGUGACUGAGAUCCUCAAAAGUCAUCAAAGUAUUUAAUUGUAUAAAACCGUGUUUCCGGUGAAAUGACUCCUCCAGAACUGUCUUAGUCAUACCAUUCACCCCUGGUGAAAGCAAAACAACCAGAGGUUAUUCAGUCUUCUCCGUGGUUGUGAUUGAUUGCCAACAGCCUUAUAAAGAAAAAGCAGCUUUUCUAGGGGUUUGUAUAAAUAGUGUUGAAAACUUUAUUUUAUGUAUUUGAUUUUAUUAAAUAUUAUACAAUAUAUUUUGACGAAAUAGAUAUAGUGUAAAUCUAUAAAUAUUUGAAUCCAAAUCAAAUAUAAUUUUUAAAAAACUUACAUUCAUGAACACUUGGGCAAAAAAAUCUUAUAUUUUUUUCUGAAUACUGGUAAUGAGUGUUUAAAAUUAAAGCACACAUUAUCUCCGAGACACUUCCAACGCUGAGAAACUAGAAGGAAGUCUGAAAAAUAGAAUUAAAUAAGACAGCAUAUGAUGUAGUGACAUUGAGUGGGGUUAACUUGUAAUUACUAUCAAUAUAUUUAUGAGCUAAAGGCUAGUUAUCUCAAAGACAGAGGACAGGAACUUGAGCCGUCAUUUUUUGGACUUACCCAUAAAUCGUAGCUGGCAUUAAUUUUCUACGGAAUCAUCUACCUGGAAACAGAUGGUUAUAAAUUAUAUGUUUACAGGUCAUGUGGUUGGCAGCAGACACUAAAGCCAAUAGGAAAAAAUAGUAAAUGUUCUGAAAGCAGAGAAAAAGCACCCAAAGUAUGUUAUGAACUAGUGUUCCCUUUAAAAUAUAUACUUGUCUUAGAUGAAAGAAAAUUGAGGGUAGAUAACACCUUAUACCAUCAACUUUUAGAAAUUUAAAAGGCUAAUAGCUGCUAUGUCAAAAAAAUUAGACUACAUUCUUGACCUGUUAUGAGGUCAUCCAAGUGUUCUCUAGGAACCUAUUACAUUUUGAAUUGCAAUUAUUAUUUUUUAGACUUCUGAAGGUUGUUCACAUCAAUGUGAAAACAAAUUUUAAGAUGAGAGGAGGAAUGAAAUUAUCUUGAAUUACAUUAGGAAAACAGGUAAAAAUAAUAGGUCAGGACACAUUCCCUUUCAGAAAAAUCCUAGAAACAUCUAGAUCUGUCUAUUAUUAUAUCAUCUAGUGCUGUGUAAUGUGGUUUUUCUAAGCAUGACAACAUUGACGUGCCUUUUCAAUUUAACAGCAAAUACUGUGUUAGCACUGUCCGUUGACAUCAGGUUUUGUAUGAGAUGUGAUUGGAGUGUGCAGAUAGUGUAGAAUGUCUCAGAUAUUUGUUAAUACUUGUUAAUUCUGUAGCUUUGCAAUCAACAAAAAUUACCUAAUGUCUGUACUUUGUUAAAAUUGUGUUUCUGUUAACUUGGACAAGAAGCAAAGAACUUUAGACUAGCUAGUACUUGGUUUCCAUUUGCUUUAUGAAAUUUUAUGUGGGGCUUUGAAGGAUUUGAAAUCUGGCUUUCAAGUGCAGCGUGGUGGAAGAAAGGAAGUUUCCUACUCACAUAUUUGCACUGGGCAAUUUACACAAAUCUGUGACUUUGUAAGAUGUCUCUAGAAGCACUCUCAUAUGGCUAAUGUAUGACGGCAGGACUGUUUUCUAUUCCCACUGGGGAGACCCUUAAAGAACGUGCUACAGAUCAAUUCUCUUAGAGGGUUCAUGGCUCCCCCUGACCAGUAUACAAUACUGAAUGAUUUAUUCUAAUUUCAUUCUUGCCUUUAAGGCUUCAGUUCUUCAAGAAUGACUGGUAGAGGCAUGCCCACUGUUGAUCUCUAGAGAGAACAUAAAAAGACGUGAGUUUUUCAGAACUGUUUUGGGAGCAAAAGUAUCUUUAUUUGAGAGGGAAAAAAAUUGCAAGGUCUUUUAUAUGACUAAUAUUCUGAGGUUAGCAAGACUGUGAAGUGAGGCUUUUUUUUUUUCUUUUAAUGUGUGUAUCAGAACUGUGAACAUACAGCUCCCUGAAUGUUUUCUUGAGCAGUGGUGGGUUAUGUUUGUACCUACCAAAAUAGAUACAAAAACAUUAAUGAGGUAGCAAAGAAUAUUCAAUUCUUUCAACUGCUAAGUGUAUGUGCAUACAUGUUUUAGCCAGUUUCCUUAAUAAAUCUUCUGAACACUACUGUGCCUGUUUGUAUUCCUUUAUAAGCCAGACAUGAUCAUUGGAAUAACAUGCAUGAGGUAUUGUUUUGACUGUGAAUAUCUAAUUAAAAACUAUUCUUCUCUGCUUGCAGGCAUCAGGUAAAAUUCAGGUUAGUCUGAACCCUACUUUUUGGCUUUAAAUUGAAAUCUGUAACUAGUCCCAUGGUGUCAAUGUGGAAAAGCCCAGUAAGUUAUUCUUGCAUUUCUAAAGUUAGACUGUUUUCCUGAGUGUUGUGAACAAAUAACUCUAUCUGACAGAAGUAACUAAGCUCUUCCACAAGGUGAGCCCACAGGGCCCUGGAAUCUACACAACUCAGGGUGUGUACUUUCAGGCAUGAGAUUCACAGGUGUGAGAAAGAAUGGCAGUUUUACUCAGAGGGACUCUAAACCUUCCCCAACCCUUUUAAUUAAAGGAAAGCUAUUAUCUCAAUUUAGAAAGAAAGACAAUACAUUUUUAAAU